AUGCGUGUUUUGACCGCACAAUUUUCCCGUCAUCGCGGGGACCCGAAGCAGAUCCUCAGCCACCCCGCGGUAUUAUUACAUGCACGUCGCCGCCGAUUGUUUGGAGACGUCAGAAACUCGACGCCUGUCCUCGACUAUACGGCGCGCGAUGUGUACAUAUCACACACACCGUCGAAGAAAAUCUCCGGUAAUGACAUGUCAAAAGGUGCUGCUGUUGUUGCUGUUGUUUUCCUUUCGGUUUUGACAGCAGGGCUUGUGACCGGAAUAAAACGACCGCAGACCAGAGGACAGCGCCAUGUCAAUAUUUCCAACGUCUCUACCCACACCCGACCCCAAUUCGCCGAAAUUAUGCGACGGGUGGUGGGUGUUCCGGUUGAAUAG